UCGUGACCGGAAACACAUGUGUGCAGUCCAUACUUAACACCCCUUGAGGAGUUGCCCGUUUUUUCCCAAGUUUUGGAAAUGUUUUCCGAAGUUGUGCAGCAACAGUAAAUAUGGACAUUGAAUUCGCCUAUACUUUUUAGAAAUGGCGUACAUAGUUUCUCCAGAUAUGCUCGUUCGUCAGAAACGCUGCUAAAAUUAAUGUUUCUCAAGAAAAAACGGUGGAAAUGUUUUCAUCGCGGAUUUUAACAGUGGCAACAUGCAGAAAUGCAGCCAGCUAGCUAGCAGCUCUCCUUGGUGAGAGUGGCACACCAACUUACCAAUGCUUCAGGUACACUUUACCGCGAAGAGGCUCACGGUAUGGUCAUUUAUUUUGAAUAUCCAAGUUUCGUGUUUGUUUCCAUCUACUUCAUACUUCCGUUGGUGUCGGGAUGUAAGCCGGCGAGACACUCUGCAUGCCGGUGUUUUGGAGUUUAGGACUGGACGUGAGCCUUGUGAUAACGGUACAUCUCAGCAUCCAUUGUGGUACGAAACACUACCACCACCUCCUCCAUUCUCGGAGAAAGUGGAGAGCCUCUUCAGUAUCCGUGUAAUGCAAUAUCAUGACCCUGGUGGGGAAUCUGCAGAGCAGAUGUCGCCUAGGAUGGAUGGUACGAUGGAAAUCAAUGGGCCCAGGGUGUCUACACAGGGUCUUCUCUCUUCUUCAGCUCCUGCUGGUCCAUGGGGACACUCUUUUUACACACCACUUGCCUACAUGUCAAACAUCUUGCACCUCCGGAGCCGCAGAAGCACACUCACCAGAUACAAUCCAGCCCUCACUCUGCCUCAGGUUCAGAGUGUGGCACCUCCAUCAGCAUUUGGGGUCAAAUUUCACAAGUGUGCACAGGUGACGCUGGACACAGACCCUCCUCAGCUGACUUUCUUCCUGCAGAUUCACAACAUGGGCCCAGUAGGUGGCACCAACCUGUCUCAGGUGGCUAUCAGGGACUCCAUCUCUGGAAUAGUACCCCUUAAAUCCGAAGGCAGAGUGGUGGAAAGAGGCUACCAGACGUUUGCCAUUGAUUCACUGUCUGCUGGAUCCAAAGUUGUUGUCAACUAUACCGCUCACAUAAGGAGUCAUAAGAGUGAAGUCCUGGACCUUCCAGCUUUUCUCACCUUCUCCAACGCCUCACAGAAUGAUGUCAGUAUGUUUGGUCCAUUAACAGCUAACCUAACCUUGAGGGUGAAUUCCACUGACAGGAUCUAUCCUAACCAUGGGGUCCAUUUUGCUGGAUUUGUUGCUGGCUUCUUUGUGACGCUGGUGCUGCUGUCACUGGGGUUUCUGGCCAUGAACCUGAUCGGACUCAGAACCAGACUGAACCUUCUACAGCAAAUGAGAAAUCGAGGUGAUUCAGACCCAGAUGAUGCAGACUGUAACAUAACUGAGGCUGUAAAAGACGAGGCUGCAUUUGAAGACAAGAUGGUGGACACCAUGGUGCUGGAGGACCACCAGAACAUGAACCAGGCUUUGGAGAACCUUGAAAUGUCCACACUGCUGCAUGCCACCAAUAACCUGGAGGCCGCCCGGAUUCAGAUCUACAAGGACGUGAUGUCUUCCCUGCUGUAUAGCCUGCGUUCCCGGGGCCAGGCCAGCGCCCAGGCCCAACAGAGGCUCCUAAAUGUGCUCCAUGGACAGAUGCUUGGUAUGGAGGGCCGGCUGAAGGAGGAGCGAGGGGCCCGCAUGGCUGCUCUAGCUGCCCGAUGUAACCUGGAGACUCGAGAAGAAAUGGAAGCAGAGCACCGCAGAGAAGCUGCUGAGAAGGCCCAGGCUGAGUUGCUGUGUCAACAUGCAGACCAACGGGAGCUCCUCCACUGCAGUGUCCUCCUGGAGAAGCUUCACAAGCUGAGCCAGAGUCAGCUCCAACGCAUCCUGUUGGUGCGACAUGAAGAGGCCUCAGCCAAGGUCCAGAGGCAGAUCAUCGAGUGGCGCCGAGUGGAGCUGCACAAGAUCUUCUCUGAAGAACUGGAGGAGGCUACCAGGAUGGGAGAGCUGGAGAAGAGUACAGCCAAGAGUCUUCAGCAUGAUUACUUUGCCUGUCAAGAUCAGCUAGAAGAAGUGCUUGAUGUGGUCCUGGCCAACCAGCGAUAUGUGCUCGCUGAACGCCAUGCACAGAGGAAGUUCUUGGUGCACAGCCUUCACAGCCUCAACAGCCUGAUUUCUGGCAGCUUCUCCAGCACCUCCAACAAUCUGGACAGUUGGUUCACUCACAUCAGGAGAGGGAGCUUUGUGCCUGCAGAGCAGAUAGACCAGCUACAGGAGAAGGCCCAGAAAGAGCUGGUGAUGGUGAGGCAGAGACUCGAUGAGGCACUGAGCCAAGAAAGGAGAGCUAUGCGCUGUGGACUGAUUAAGAAGAGGCGGGAGCUCAUCUCUGACAUGCUGCACAUCCACAAACAGAGACAGAGGGAUCUGUCAGGUCUGUCCAAAGGCCUGGAGGGAAGGAUAGAUGUGGCUCAGCACCUGCACUGCUGGCAGAACUUACUGACAGCUCAAAGUCUGGAGCUAGCAGAGCUCAUCAACAACCUGGAUGAGGAGGCUGCUGCUGACAUCCGCAAGGUGACUAUGCGUGUGAUCCAAGGCGCCAUAACUGAAGUCAAAGCCAUCCAGCCCUCUGCAACCCAGGCCCUGCUAACACUCUUGCCUCCAGGGGCGCAACAACGCUCCCUGCUGCAGGUGGAACCAGAGUCAGGACCAGGACAAGCGCAGGGACAAGGAGCAGGCGCUCUCCUGCAGGGCCAGGAAAGGUUGCACCAGGAAGGCAAGGCCGCCUUACGCACCCUCAGCAGCACCAGAGAGGCUCUGCGGGACGCCAUGGAGAGAGAGCUGCAGGAGCAGAGGGAGCUCAGGGCGCACUGCAGAGCUUUCUUCAGCUGUUUGUGUGCGUCCCAGCUGACUCUGUCUGAAGACGACUGGCUCAGGAUGAAACUAGAGUUUCAGAAGUGUCUGUCUGUGAUGGAUCGCUGUCUGGUGCUGCCCCACGCCGUCUCCAGAACCAAACUCCACACCGCUCUGGCAGCUUGGAGAAAGGAGAGCGAGCAACAAAUGACGAAUAUGCAACCCAAGGGGAAAACCAGCAAGGCCAAACAGAAAAUAGACACAUCUGACCUGCUGCUUUUCCAGAAAAGGCUUGAAGAUGGGAUCCAACUGUUUGAGAAGGAGAAGGAGACGGAGAGCGGCGUCAUGAACAAGGUGAUGAAGGAAAUGCGUGUCGAGAGAGAAGAUGAACUGCGCUCUCAGGGCGACAGCCUGGCGAUGCAGAUGGCUACCAUCCACUACCAGAAGGCUGAGAGGAGGACCAAAGUGUUGGAGACCUCCAGAGCAAUGCUCACUCUGCACAGCCUGCUCAUUCAGCAGCUCCGAGAGAGAAAGAGCCUGGACAGACAGGACAUGGCUCAGAGUAUACAGAACCACUGCUUGGGCCUGGAGGAAGCCGAACAGCAGCUUCAGAAGGAGAGUACAGAGCUGGACGGCAUGCAAGUGUCUCGGGCCAGACUCAAGUUAAAUGCAGUACCAAGAGAGGACUCUGAUGAGGGGGAGGAGGAAAGUGAAGACGAGAGGCUGUUUGAGUUGCAGCAGGAUUGCAGGAUGAUGUCCAUCCUCCAGGAGGCGCUCUACAAGAGCGAGCAGGUCAUUGCACUGUUGGCUGAGAGGUUGCAGGAAAUGACUGGCAGCAAUCAAGCCAUGGAAGAUUUAAAAGAACAAAUGGAACUCAGGAGGCUUUAUGCAAACUGUGACCAGGAUUUGGAGUUUGCAUCUCAGCUGGUGAAGCAGUGUCAGGUGUCUGCAGAGGUUCUCCUAGAGGCCCUGCGUCUCCUUCUCCCCACCCUGCCUGAGAGCGAACUCCUUUCCAUCACUGACGCCCUCUGCCCCAAACAGCACCCAGCUUCAUCGUCUGCAGAGCAGGAACAAUCAGGGUGUGCCGGGGGGCUGAACCGACUUCUUCCCAUCAAACUGAGAGAAGACGUGGUGCAUAAAAAUAUGCCAAAUAUGCCAAGCUGCACUGUGGAAAGAGAGAGACUCCAGGAAAAGAGACAAAGUUUGAUGGAAAAACUGCUCCCUAGAUCACGUCUGCUGGCUCCAAGAGAUGUUGCACCACUGCUGGUUGAAGAGAAAGGAAAGGAGGACAGUGUUAUAAAAGCACAACGUCCUAUUUAUAAAUCCACCGUGACUGAAAACCCACUAACACAGCAGCGAAAUGAAAAAGAAAGAGUUGUGGACAAAGUGAAUGAAACCUUGCAAAGCACAGCAGAGGAAUACAUGGCAGCUUCUGCCAGCACUGUACUGGGCAUCCCUGCCACCGGAGAGAGGCUGUUUGUGUUCAGGGAUCCACCUGAUUCAAAUGGCAGCGUUGGUGCUUUGACAAGAAAAAGGAAAAGGAACUUUCUCAAUCUGAAGAAAGGCUCAGUGGCUCCAACAAACCUGCCUUGAGACUGACAAACAUUGACUUUUGUAAGGUCGUUUUUUUUUUUUACGGUGGGACGUUAUCGUGCUACUUGAUAGUGUUAAAAUCCAAAAUAAUCCAAUAGUUUUGCUGGAUAGCAAAACAUUUUCAGUGUCUUUCUAAAUGUAUGUUUCAUGGUGGUUAUACAAUGGAGGUUAACAAACAUUUCACUGUUUGCAAUGGUCAUGUCUUAACCCAUAAGAACCCAGAUCCAGUUAUCCAUAAAGGAAAGUUAUGGGGGAUAUAUCGCAGACCAAGUGAACCACGCAGAACAUAUUUAUGAUGUGGUUUUUUUUGUCAUUUUGUGUCUCUUUUUUUUGUUAUUUUGUGUCUUUUUUUGGUCAUUUUGUGUCUUUUUAAGUCAUUUUGUCUGUCUUUUUGUGUCUUUUUAAGUAAUUUAGUUUUUUUCUGUCAUUUUGUGUCCUUUUUUUUAGUAAUUUUGUGUCUUUUUUGGUCAUUUUGUGUCUUUUUAAGUCAUUUUGUCUGUCUUUUUGUGUCUUUUUUAAGUAAUUUAGUUUUUUUCUGUCAUUUUGUGUCCUUUUUUUAGUAAUUUUGUGUCUUUUUAAGUCAUUUUGUCUGUCUUUUUGUGUCUUUUUUAAGUAAUUUAGUUUUUUUCUGUCAUUUUGUGUCCUUUUUUUUUUUAGUAAUUUUGUGUCUUUUUUUGGUCAUUUUGUGUCUUUUUAAGUCAUUUUGUCUGUCUUUUUGUGUCUUUUUUAAGUAAUUUAGAUUUUUUGGGUCAUUUUAAUACUGCCUCCAGCGGCCCCUAUCAUUUGAGUUUGAGACCCCUGUUCUAGAAUAUUUAAAGUGUUUGUUACAUGAGUGUCACCGUGGGUUCUUAUGGGUUAAACUGACAGCUUUUAUAUAGUGGUGAAAGUUCACUUAAGUACAGACUUGGGCUUUCAUGGUUCUCUUCCCCAAAACAUAUUGGUUCAGCACAUUUCCCCCGGUAAAAGAAAAAAAAUAAGAUGAAAAGUAAGCCUGAGAAAAACAAAUAUCCAAUAAGUCUUUAUAAUCAGAAACAUUCUCAAAACAAUGACUUAGUAUCUUAAAGUAAUGACUUGCAGAUUGUGAAAUAAUAACUUUUUGUCCCAAAUAAUAAGGUUUUUCAAAAGAUACUUUGAGGAAGUUCCUCAUUUUUUUCCGAUAGACUAAAAAUAUACGUUUCAUCGCAUUGGCACAUACAGAACAGAUAAAACCCCCAUCCUGUAGAAUUUGUGUGUACUGCAUUCAUAUAGAGUAUUAUUAUUUAAAUUCAAAACUCCAGACAUGAGAUUGCUUACUGCGUUUGUGUGGUUUGAUGUGCAUUUUAUUCCUCCUAAACUCCAAAUGCAAAGGUACAUUGCAUGUAUCCAAAUUCAACUUCCUUCAUGUGCAACAGUUUGAAUACAUUUUCUUCAAUAAACAUUUUUAUGUUGA